CCCUAAUUGAGCAAAACCCCGACCCACAAGAUUUUUCUCCAUAACCGUACGGACAAAAUCAAACCUCUUAUCAAUGGCGACGAGUACUGGCGAGGAGAGGGCGGCGCCGAAGGUGGAAGGGGCUGACCUUCUGGGGAAACCGACCUUCGCAGAGCUCGACAAUGGCCGCUUCCGGUGCGUCGAGACUGGCCACGAGGUCCUCGCCAAGGAUAAGGACUCCUACUCUCGGACCAAGCGCUGCCGUCUUGGCCUCAUCGAUUUCGCUUUGUCCCAUCGAAAAGCUCCUCUUAAUAUGUUCGAGCUUGAUCCUCUCUCCCGUUCGAAGCUGAAAUGCAAAUUGACUGGUGAUACCAUCAACAAAACAGAGGAACAUAUAUGGAAGCACAUUAACGGCAAACGUUUCCUCAACAAAUUAGAGCAAAAGGAGUUAGAGAAAGAUUCAAUGGCUAAAUCAGGAGAGCAGAAAGGCAAGAAAAAGGCCGCUAAGGCUUUGAAGCAUAGUACAGAAAAUUCAAAGAAGAAUAAGAAGGAACUAGAGAAGAUUAUUUCUGAAGCUCGUGAAUCGAAUGGGGGUAGUGACGCAGAGGAUGUCUUCUGGAUGCCUCCAGCAGGGCAACGCUGGGAUAACGACAAUGGAGGAGACCGAUGGGGUUCAGAAUCAGAUUCAGAGCAUGAAAGUGAGAAAAUCAAUGCAAUGGACGAUGAGGAUAAAGAUAAACAUGGUGAAAACAAGUCAGAUGAAGAUAAACAUGGUGAAAAUGAGGCAGUUGAAUUGUCUAACCGGACCAAAAGAAUGUCCAUAGAGAUUGGACCCAGCAGCUUUGCUUCAAGAAAGAAGAAGAGUAAGAAAAGCUCGAAGUGAAGCCACAUUUCUUCAGGUAUUCCUCAAUAAUCCAACUAUAUCUCGCUUCCUUAGGCGUACACAGAUGCCUCCGUUCGCCAUUUUCGGUAUGCUUCAUCGCUCCAGGUGCCAAUUUUUCCAGCUUAACUUUACGUUUAACUAAUCACCAUGCACUUUUAUCGUCCUCCUUAAUGUUCUUAGCUUUAGCUAGCUUAUAUAUAUAGCCAAUUUGAAUCUUUAUUGAGCAGGCUUCUGUUUUGCUCUCUUUUCCCUUCUUUUGUAGACAUGGAUAUAUAGAUUGGUUCAUAAUAUUUAAUACAUUUCUCACUCGUGA